CAAACUGAACGGUGCGCAUUCAAAUCUUCAAUGGUUUCUACUCCUUUGUGUUACUAACGAAGUUGUGAUCGUGUGAUAGCUGAAGUUAAUUCUCAGUUUUCUUGGAUUAUGUGGUGUUAAGUCAUUGAUAUAGAUAUUCCUUAGUGUAAUCCCUGUGCUAAAUAAUGGUGCCUAUACUCAUGUCGAAGCUUGUCUUAUUAAUCUUCGGAACCCUUUAUCCUGCCUAUGCAUCAUACAAGACAGUAAAAACAAAAAAUGUCCGUGACUAUGUCAAAUGGAUGAUGUACUGGAUUGUUUUUGCUGCUUAUACAAUUAUUGAAAUUUUUGCAGAUAUUUUUCUGUCUUUCUGGUUCCCUUUCUACUAUGAACUAAAGAUCUUAUUCAUCUUUUGGUUAAUAUGCCCUGCCAGUAGAGGCUCAACUUUUAUUUUUAGAAAAGUCAUAAACCCUCUACUCAGCAAACAUGAAGUGAUGCUAGAUUCUUAUAUUGACUCUCUGUGGGAUCAAGGAUAUGAUAUUGCCAGAAAAAUUGGUGCUCAAGGAGUUGAUUAUUUAGGUCAUUUUAUUUUAGAGCUCUUACGAAUGGGACAAGUAACUGCUGCUAACUAUUUGCCAAGAACUAAUAGUGAUGCUCAAGCUAGUGCUGUGAUGCAGAGUUCACAAAGAGAAGAAGCUAGUUCUCCUUCACAAGGAAGUGUGUCUGAUGAAAACAACUUAGAUGAGGAAGAUUUUGCCAUUCUCAUGGCUGAAAAUCCAGAAUUAUACAAAGGAGCUAAACUUGCUGCUGCCAGGCAGAGUAAUGAAGAAGAUAUGCUCACUGAAAGUGAUCCUGAAUCUGAUGAAGAAUUCAAAUCUGUGAAAAGUCGACCUUUGAAGGUGUCCAAAAGUAAAAAAACUAUGAUACUAAGAGAGAGAAAACGAAAGCCUACAAAAUAAUUCUUUUUAAUGUUCGACGUUUUAUUUAGUAUCUGCUUUUUAUCUCCUCCAAAAAUGAAUUGAAAAUUUUAGAAAAUAUAUUAUGUAUGAUUGUUUAAUCACAUGUUUAUAAUUUUCAACUAAUUUAUUUAUUUUAGAAGUCUGAAUUAUUUAUAUAAUUGUUAUACUUUAAAAACAUCUUAGCAGGCUCUCAAUAUUUUAAUUUAUUUAUUGCUUCAUUCGAGUCUCCUCAUGCUUUUUUCUAUUCUUUUUUUUUUUCAAUUAUAAUUAUUCUGAAUUUUUUUGUCUUAAAUUUUCAUUGUUAAAUUUUCAAAAUUAUAUUUUAUUAAUUCUGCAAAUGAAUUUAAAACUUUCAUGAUGACUUUGUAUGUUGGCUAGUUUACAUACAUUCAGUAUGUUUUUAUCCAAACUUUUUAUGAACUGUAUCGCUCAAAUCUACACUGUUAUAAGGAGCAUUCUCUUUUUACGUUUAAUUAGUUGGCAUUUUCAACAACAUUAAUGGUGCUUAGUGACAGUUUUAUUCUUUUUUCAAUGUAUUACUACAAUUUAGUCAAGUUUUUAAUAUUUUCCAAAUUCAUUUUCUAGAACUAUUUAGUACUCUAUUUGUGACUUAUUUAAUCACUAAAGUUUAUUAUUCGACUAAUUUUAACUUAAAUAUGUUUUCUGUAUGAGGGUUAUUUUAAAAUGUGUUAUGAAUGCUCUUUAAGGUUUUCGUAUAAUAUUUAUAUGCAUCCUGAAGAUUUUUAUAUGAUUGUUAGUUUAAUUUUCUUAGUAUGCAAUAUAUCAAUCGUAAAAAUAUAAAAUUGUUUAUUUGUGAUAAAACACAGCAUGCAGAGCAUGUUUUGAUCUCAUGUUUACUUUUCGUCAUUUCCUACCAUUUGUAUUAAAUAUGUUUGUUUUGUUAGAUUAUUUUUGUAAUGCCUGUGAAUGUAAAAAGUUCGUUUCUGUAUGUUAAGUUCCUAUAAUUUAUGUAUAAUAAAUAAAGGAAAACAAAUUUGUA